UCUCUCUCUCUCUCUCCUCUCAAAGGGGGUCCCCAAUUGCUUUCCCCAAUUCACAGGGAAGAAUAUCUGAAUUCUCACCCGAAAUCCACUCAUCUUCGACUUCCCCUCCUUCAAUCCAAUUCUUCUUCUUCGAAUCUUUCGCCGCUUUUUUGCGUCUCUGAUCGUCUUUAGAGGUUGUUUCCGGUUGCGAUGAGCUCCGGUUCGUCGGCGGCGGGGAACGGCGACGACGACGCGGCGGCUGCUGGGAAGAGCGAGGCGUCCCCUUCGUACGACAAGCAGAAAGAGAAGGCGCGCGUGAGCAAGACAUCGCUGAUCCUCUGGCACGCCCACCAGAACGACCCGGCCGCGGUCCGGAAGCUGCUCGAGGAGGAUCCGUCUCUGGUUCACGCGAGGGACUACGACCGCCGCACGCCUCUCCACGUGGCUUCGCUCCACGGCUGGAUCGAUGUCGCCCAGUGCUUACUCGAGUUUGGCGCCGACGUCAACGCUCAGGAUCGGUGGAAGAAUACGCCUUUGGCCGACGCUGAAGGAGCCAAGAAGCAGAUAAUGAUCGAGCUUUUGAAGUCACACGGCGGUUUAUCUUACGGUCAAAACGGAAGUCAUUUUGAACCAAAGCCUGUUGCACCCCCUAUUCCAAAAAAAUGUGACUGGGAGAUUGACCCUUCUGAGCUGGACUUCUCAAAUGCCGCAAUGAUUGGAAAGGGUUCCUUUGGAGAGAUUGUAAAAGCCUAUUGGAGAGGGACGCCGGUAGCUGUGAAGCGUAUUCUUCCAUCUCUUUCAGAUGAUAGACUGGUGAUUCAGGACUUCAGGCAUGAGGUCAAUUUACUAGUUAAGCUUCGCCAUCCAAAUAUAGUGCAAUUCUUAGGUGCCGUCACAGAGAGAAAGCCCCUCAUGUUAAUAACUGAAUACUUACGUGGGGGAGAUCUUCACCAAUACCUCAAGGAAAAAGGUGGCCUUAGUCCAUCAACAGCUGUUAACUUUGCAUUAGACAUUGCAAGAGGAAUGACGUAUCUUCACAAUGAACCCAAUGUAGUCAUUCACCGAGACCUCAAACCAAGGAAUGUUCUUCUGGUGAACUCCAGUGCGGACCACUUGAAAGUUGGAGAUUUUGGGCUGAGCAAACUCAUCAAGGUUCAGAAUUCUCACGAUGUGUAUAAAAUGACAGGAGAAACCGGAAGCUACCGGUAUAUGGCUCCUGAAGUAUUCAAACACAGAAAAUACGACAAGAAAGUCGAUGUCUUCUCCUUUGCAAUGAUACUUUACGAGAUGCUUGAAGGGGAACCGCCAUUUGCGAGCCACGAGCCUUACGAAGCGGCAAAACACGUAGCAAAUGGGCACAGACCCACGUUCCGUUCCAGAGGAUGCACUCCUGACCUUAGAGAGUUGAUGGAGAGGUGCUGGGAUGGGGACAUGAACCAGAGGCCAUCAUUCCUGGAGAUACUAAAGAAGCUUGAGAAGAUAAAAGAAACUCUGCCCUCAGAUCAUCACUGGGGCUUGUUCGCCUCCUCCUAACCCCUAAAACCCUCUUCUCAUUCAUUUGCUUGUGUCUGUCCUUUGUAAGUAGAGAUUCCCAUCCUUUUGUGUUUUUUUCCCUAUGCGAUGAAACAUAUUCAUUCAAAGCUUGUUGUUCUUGCUCUUCUUGUUCCAUUUUCAUGAAAAAGUCCAUGACAGAUCUGUAGACUUUCAAUUUCA